AGUCAAUUCUCUUUCAUGAGACGGGAAGAAGAUAGGAAAUUUUCACGACAGGAAAAUUCACGUGGAGCUCACAACAACACGGGCAACAUAAAUCCACAUGUUCACUCCCUCUGGCCCUCCACCACUCGCCUUCACAACCCAUAUAAAAAACGCAAGGGGCCAAAGAGAUCAUUGCACUCGAGACGCAGACGCAGCAAGAAACCGCCGUCGCCGCCGGCAAUGUUCAGCUUCAACGUCUCACCGCUGCUCUCCUUCACUCCCUCGCUGACCUCAAUCACGCUCGUCCUCUUCACCGCCUUCCUCACCCUCAAAUGCCUCCGCCUCCUCUUCUCCGCCGUUGCUGCCACUAACCUCAACCUGCCGCCGUCACCGCCGAAGCUACCGAUCAUCGGGAACCUCCACCAGCUCGGCAAUUACCCGCACCGCUCGCUCCAAGCCCUGUCGAGACGCUACGGCCCCUUGAUGCUCCUCCACUUCGGGAGCGCGCCCGUCCUCGUCGUUUCGUCCGCCGACUGUACGCGUGACAUCAUGAAGACCCACGACCUCAUUUUCUCCGACCGACCCAGGUCGACCCUGUCCGCGAGGCUUCUGUACCACCGCAAGGACGUGUCGCUGGCGCCGUACGGCGAGUACUGGAGGCAGAUGAGGAGCAUCUGCGUGCUCCAGCUGCUGAGCAACAAGAGGGUCCACUCGUUUCGGACGGUCCGAGAAGAAGAGAUCUCUCUGUUGAUGGGCAAGAUCGAGCAGCAUCGCUCGGUGGACCUGAGCGACGCGUUCGGGUCGCUGACGAACGACAUCAUAUGCCGGGUGGCUCUGGGGAGGAAGUACAGCGAGGGCAUGCAGGGCAAGAAGUUCAAGGGACUGUUGGCGGACAUGAUGGGGUUGCUGGGCAUUUUCAACGUUGGGGACUUCAUCCCGAGCCUUGGGUGGAUCAACAAGCUGACUGGUCUGAAUGCAAAAGUGGAGCGUGUCGCGACGGAGUUCGACCAGUUUCUCCAUGGGGUGGUGGAGGAGCACCGGAGGAAGAUGGAGGAGAAGAGCAUCGGCGGCGGAGGUGAAGAUGGGAGAGACUUCGUGGACGUUUUGCUGGAUAUUGAGAAGGAUAAGAGUGUUGGUUUUGCUCUUGGUGCCGACAGCAUCAAAGCACUCAUCUUGGACAUAUUUACAGCUGGAACUGAUACAACGUACACAGUCCUGGAGUGGGUCAUGACCGAGCUCUUAAGACACCCUCGUGCCAUGAACAUUCUCCAAACCGAGGUCCGCAAAAUCGCCAUCGGCAAGCUGAAAAUAACCGAUGAGGACUUGGAGAAAAUGCAUUACCUGCGAGCAGUCCUCAAAGAGACUCUCCGCCUACACCCUCCGAUCCCGCUCCUCGUCCCACGACUAUCGACCCGGGACGUCAAAAUCCGAGGCUACGACAUCGCGGCAGGGACGAUGGUGAUCACGAAUGCGUGGACCGUUGGGAGGGACCCCAGCACAUGGGACGAACCGGACGAGUUCAAGCCUGAGAGAUUCUUGAACAGCCCGGUGGACUACAAGGGACAGGAUUUCGAGCUGAUUCCUUUUGGUGCUGGGAGGAGGGGUUGCCCCGGGACGUCAUUCGCGAUGGCGACCAACGAACUUGUCUUGGCAAAUCUGGUGAACAAGUUUGAUUGGGCACUGCCCGAGGGUCUGAAACCGGGGGAUUUGGACAUGGCGGAGUGCACUGGUCUUACCAUCCAUAGGAAAGUUCAUCUCCUUGCUGUUGCCACUCCAUUCCCGAGUUAAGGUUGUACAAGGCUGUGAACUCUACGGGCAUGUGAGUAUAUUUGUAUCGUACUCUUAGGUUCCAUUUAUUUUACAAAAAAUGAAUGAUUUAAAAAAUAUUUUCUUAA